AGGAAGUGGACUGUGGUUUAAUAAUUAUAAUCAUAAACCAAAUCCUGUACAAUUUUCAUAUAAAUAAUGAACUUUAUCACAAAUCCAUAUACCUGAUCGCUAUAAAUUAGACGGUUAGCGAAUAGACUGUUAUGUAAGAGGCCACCAAUAAAUAAUAAUAAUAAAGAAGCCGAAAAAUAUUUGGAGUUUAAUGAUUUUUCCAGUCACUAUUGUUUUAUUUUGAAAAAUGAGUUCUGUUUUAUUUGGUGAAAUUGUAGAACCCAGUACAAGAGCUUUAAUCGAUGAAGAUUUAGAAGAGUAUCCAGAAUACGUAGAAAUUACACCUAAAUGGGAAGGUAACUACGAAACUCCCCACGAAAUAAAUUCUCUUAUUGUUAUCGAAUCCAGAAUUGUAAGAGAUUUAUUAAACGACUGUAUUUUAAACAAUCAAAAACCUAUUUGUACACUUAUCAAUGGAGGAAUUGAUAUAUAUUCAUUUAAAGAAAAACAGUAUUUUGUAGUUUACUAUGAAGGAAAAGAAUUGAAUGCUUGUCAGGUAGUUGAAGCAAUUGAACAUUGGAUAUUGAAGGCAAAAAUUAUAUAUACAAUUAAAUCUGACUCUAUUUAUAAUUAUCAAAACCCAUUUCUUCUUGAGAAACCAGCAUAUAUUAUAAAAACCAUCUCAAAUAUUGAAAGUAACUUGAGUUACACAAAAUUGGAACAACCGAAUUUGGUAACAGGAUUAGGUGCAGCAGUAUUGUCAUAUUGCAUCCACCAACAGAUACCAAAAUGUACAUUGAUCAUCAUUUAUUUACAUCAGUCUCAACUAGAUUCAUUCAAUAGUUGGCCAAUUUUGGAUGUUUUUAAAAAAAUGGGUUUAUCUAUUCAACAUUGUACAAUUAAAGAUAGGGUGGUCAAUAUGAAUAAUUUGUAUAUGUAACUAUAAAUUUUUUAAUUAAAUUUUUUUGUCUUUUUCUUUUUAAAUUUAUAUAAUUUAUUUUUGUUGCUAAAUUUUCAUUUUAGGUUUCUUCUGAAUAAAAAUUAGAUUUUGAAAUUUUUAGAUUUUAGGUCUCAUUUUGUUCAAAAACACAAAAGUGAUAAGGGAACGGUUUAUUGGCCCUGGUAUAGGAAUAGCUCCUCUGCAGGGCUGGGGUUGUUUGCUGCUGUUUUGGUUAAAAAGGACGACCAAUAGCCAAAAGAAGAGGAAAAGAGAGCUCUAGUUUGAGUAAAAACAGUUAUCCUCCAUUUGGGGAUUCAUUUUCUAGGGCGAGGGGUGUCCCACCCAGGUAAAGGGAGAAAUAUUGUGUCUUGCAUUGUAUUACAUCAUGUCAAGCGGCCAUUAUAAUCGAACAGGACCGGCUUCAUGGUGUUUAAC